AAUGACACACCUCAUCACUCCAACUCAACCAACAGAACUGCUGCUAUUUACUGGGACUGCUGAUGAGCUCAGAUUUGAUCACAGACAGUGCAUGAAGACUGGAUUGUGCCGCUGUCUUGGGACAAAUAGACAAGGACAACUUAACUCAAAACAGACACACACACCGCCAUGGAGAUUGAAAGCAUGGUGGCAAACAGUGCUCUUAUUAAAGCCCGGGAAGGUGGAAGGAGUAAAGGCAGAAGCUGGAAAUGGAGAGAGAUGCUUCGCUUCCCUCACAUCAGUCAGUGUGUGGACCUGGCCAUGAGCAUUGAACGAGACUAUCAAAGUCUAUGUGUGACGCAGCCUAUUGGCAAGAAACUUUUCCAGCUCUUCUGUCGGAAUCGUCCUGAUCUGCAGAACUACAUGUCCCUCCUGGAUGCUCUGGACAUCUUCGACACAAAGUCGGACGAUGAGCGAAGAGAGUUUGGCAUCAGCAUCAUUCAGAGAUUCCUCACGAGUCAGUCGAUUCAAUGUGUACCCACAGUGCUGAGCCAUGAACAGAGAAGCAUCCAGAGACUGGAGCUGGAUCCCUGUGGGGACAUCUUCCAUGACUGCAGGGAAGACCUACACAAACACCUGAGUGGAGAGGCCUUCACACUGUACCAGGAGAGCAUGUUCUUUGACCGUUUUCUUCAGUGGAAGAUGUUGGAGAGGGAGCCCAUCACCAAGAAUAAAUUCAGACAGUACAGACUACUGGGGAAAGGCGGGUUUGGAGAGGUGUGGGCUUGUCAGGUCCGGGCCACAGGAAUGAUGUACGCCUGCAAAAAGCUGGAGAAGACCCAUGUGAAGAAGCGGCGAGGGGAGGCCAUGGCUCUCAAUGAGAAAAAGAUACUGGAAGGAUUGGUCAGUCGAUUUGUGGUGAACCUGGCUUAUGCUUAUGAGACCAAGCACGCCCUCUGUAUGGUUCUGACCAUGAUGAGCGGUGGGGACUUGAAGUAUCACAUUUAUAACAUCGGAGUUCCCGGCCUGGAGAGAGACAGGGUAUGUUUCUACGCUGCAGAAGUCUGCUGUGGUUUGAUGCACCUUCAUCAGAAAUCAAUAUUAUACAGAGAUCUGAAACCAGAAAAUAUUCUGCUGGAUGACAACGGACACAUCCGCAUCUCUGACCUGGGCCUGGCUGUGAAGCUCUCCGAGGGGAGUCUGGUGCGAGGAAGGGUGGGCACGCUGGGCUACAUGGCUCCCGAGGUGAUCGGCCAUGAUCAUUAUGGGAUGAGUGCAGACUGGUGGGGCCUCGGCUGUCUGAUUUACGAAAUGACCUCAGGGCAGCCGCCGUUCAGAGCCCGAGGAGAGAAUCCAGGUUCCUCAGAGAUGGAGCGACGGAUUCAGACGCAGCAGGAGGAAUACAGCGUCAAGUUCAGCAGGGAGGCGAAAGAACUCUGCUCCUCGCUGCUGACUAAGGACCCAAGGCAGAGGUUGGGCUGCCAGGGGUCAAAGGGGAGAAAAGUCCAGUCACAUCCUUUUUUCCAGAAUAUCAACUUCCGGAUGCUGGAGGCGGGACUCGUCAAGCCUCCGUUUACACCUGAUCCCAGACAGGUGUACUGCAGUGAUGUGCAGGACAUUGAAGAGUUUUCUACAGUGAAAGGAGUCAGUCUGGACCGAACAGACGAUGACUUCUACGCCAAGUUCAAUACAGGCAGCAUUCCUAUAACCUGGCAAAAUGAGAUAAUAGAGACAGGAUGUUUUAAGGAGCUGAAUGUUUUUGGCGCAGUUGGAACCCGAAGCCAGGACCUGGACUGGAACCAGGCCCCUGACAGCCCCAAACGUAGCCUGCUACGCCGAAUCUUCCGCAGACACCAUAUUUCGGACUCCUCAGACGAAGGCAAACAGAGCUUGGUGCCAGAGGAAACCUACCUGAAGUCAGGACUUCUCAGCACCGCCCUCUGAGGGCAGUCACAGCAGAAACUACUGGCAAAGAUAUUGACAACAACCAGCUUUAAAUCCAAGCAUCGACCCCCCCCCCCCCCCCCCUUUUUUAGAGCUACAUUAGCUCUAGUUUAUAGCUGCACAAACUUGCACUCACUCAUUUCCAUCCAUUUGGAAAAACAUUGUCCAUCUAUUCCUUUUUGUUGAGUACUUGAAUUUGGACAAAAAUGGAAUAUGAAGCAAUGUCGUAACAUUGUAUCCAGUUUUUUCCCAGCCAUAUGAGCCAUAAAAUAUCUUUGUUGCGUCACUUCCCUGCCAGGGUUUCAUCCGACAAAAAAGAAAAACAUAUUCAACCAACAAGAGAUUUUUUCUCUGGGUCAAAAGUAAAGAGAUUUUUAAAGCAAAAGUAAAGUGUGACUAAUAUACUGGUUCCGCAUGUAAAUAUUUACAAAUGGUGAUUGUCUUGUAGGAUAGUCAACUUAAUACCUUCUAUUUUUGGUUUGUUGGAAGGACAACUCAUGACAUUCAGAGAGGCUAUCUUGGACUUGUGAUGGGCAUUUAAAAAAUGUGUGAUAUUUUUAAAACAAUGAAUCGAGAAAUUUGGAAAAUACUUAAUAUUUGAAAGGCGCACAAUACAUUAAUCAUAAACUUCAAUAUUUAGCAUUUAUAAGCAGCAAAAUAACUCUUAAUACAUGAGUACCAACAAGACUAAUGUAGUUGAGUACCGAUGGGUUUAACGACAAAUUGAAAUUAAGACUUGAGGGAGGACCCACAGCGUCAACACUGUGAUACUGGUUUGUCGAGUGUGGCUUACUAAUGUCGGCUGGCUAGCUCCAUCAGCCUUCUUUCCUUGUAGGUUAACGUCCACAUACCCAAGCUUAAUGUGACACAUCACUUUAGUCAAGCUGUUAUAUGCCAGUUUAUCCUGUUUUGAUAUAGAAACUGAAAAAUUAUUUUUGUAUUCAACAGUUAUUUCACAUUUAUCCUGGCAUUUAAUCGUCUACAUUCAAAAUUACUUUCCGUUUCUAUAUCAAAUCACUGAUAACCCAUACUGGUUUUACCACAAGUCAUCUGUCCCACUUUCCGCAUUGGCAGUUUACAACGGUGCAUGAGGUGGGCUGAUGCCCAUCAGAUCUCCAGCCCCACCUAGUGACAGGCAGUUGUGUAACAUCUUAUAUUCAACAGUUAACCAGCAAUGUAGAAGAAUCAAAUAUUAACCAUCAGGUUAAAUAACUAGCAAUUCCUUUAUCAACUGGUUGGGGGAGAAAUGUUCUAAAAUCAUGAAGCUGAUAGUUUCCACAAAUAUCUUGAUGUAAGCAGCUAUAAGUGUUUAUUUACUUAUUUGUAAAUAACUUAUACUCCCCAUACACAUACCUGUCAUCAGAUGCAGGUAUAUGCUCAGAUAAGAGAUGAUAAUAUAGAAAAAUAUAAUGAUAUGAAUUAUGUCUUCAUAGAAACUGUAUGGUACAUUCAUUGAUGCACUUAAAUGUCUUUUUAUACAUUAAAUUCUAAAACUUGUAUAUAGUACACAUGAAUUCUUAAGGCUUUCGAUGUAAAUGUCAGGAAGCACUUUAAUGUAAAAUGCAUCUUUCU